AUGGGUUUAUUGUCAAUUUCGAAUUGGAUCCUUAGAUUUUCAACAAUACUUUUCUUUGCAGGAAAUGUUUUGCUGUUAAUCCUCAUCAUCAUAUCGGGGGGUUCUAACAAUUAUCCUAUUUCAAGAUUUUACUGGGUUGAGGGUGAUACUAGUGGUAUUCCUCAUGCUCCUAAUGUUACCAGAUGGACCUAUUGGGGUGCUUGUUCAAGAAGCGACGGACAUACCCACUGUGGUGGAACUUUAGGUCCUGCAUAUCCAAUUUCCCCUGUGGACAAUUUUGGUACAAAGACUAAUGUCCCAAGUAAGUUUAUUUCUAGGCGUAGUUCAUUGUACUAUUUGACCAGAUUAUCCUUUAGUUUCUUCUGGAUUGCUCUUUCAUUUAUCAGCACCAGUUUCCUAAUAUAUGCUGGAUCGUGGUUCUCUCAUGGUGUUUCCUACGUGACCUGGGUCUUAACCUUUGUUGGAUGUAUUUUCAACAUUUUAGCGGUUAUCUUCCAGACUGCUGCCUCUGUUAUGGCAAGAGAUGCAUUCACUGACGCUCACAGACACGGUAAAUUAGGUGCUCCAUUGUUCGGUAUGGCAUGGGCAAGUGUGUUUUUGUGUUUGAUCGAAAUAGCUUCGGUAGUCGUUACUCACUUUUUGGGUAGAAGACCAGAUGGUACCAUUCCACAAGAUCAAGAAAAUUAUGAUUACGAAAGGGCUCAAUUGCCAAACGUUAAAGGUCCAUCUCGUAGAACAACACACCCCUUUAGAUCUUUCUUUUCUAGGCCACAAAACGAUAGUGGUAAUGAAUACCAUGAAGAUGUUAACGAUGAAGAAAAAUUGAGACAUCCUGAUACAUCCUCUGUUGAACAACCUGAGGUACAUAGUAAUGUGGCUAACGGAGAGCAUGCUCACGGUGAUGAUUUAAAUUUCUCCAAUGUGAAGAGACAUCAAGACGCUGAUAGCUUACAGUCUGUUUGA